UGAUCACAUGUUCUCUCUUUACAUUAUGUACUAUGUAUGUAUAUAUUCGAAUUCAAGCGUGUGUAUAGAUGGCAACUGUGAUGAUUGAGUUUCGCUUUAUCUCUCUAUCCAGAAGCUACGAAUCUACUCUCCCACGCUACAUUUCCAAGUGAAACAAGGUUGAUCUCAAGAAUUCUGACAAGAUUUGGAUCACUCUGUCGAAUUAGGGUUUGUUACUGUCUGAAUGUUUCAUAAGUUGUGACUAGUCCGACCUCCGGAGCUCGGUGUAUGAAUUCAUAGACUCAAUUCGUUGAUAUUUGGAGAUUCGAGUGGAUAAGAUGGAUAAGUACGAGCUUGUUAAGGAUAUAGGAUCGGGGAAUUUCGGUGUCGCGAGACUGAUGAGGAACAAGGAAACUAAAGAGCUUGUGGCGAUGAAAUACAUCGAAAGAGGAUCUAAAAUUGAUGAGAAUGUUGCUAGGGAGAUCAUAAAUCACAGAUCACUUCGACACCCUAACAUUAUCCGAUUCAAAGAGGUUGUUCUGACUCCAACUCAUCUUGCUAUUGUCAUGGAAUAUGCUGCUGGUGGCGAGCUCUUUGAACGUAUCUGCAAUGCAGGGCGCUUCAGUGAAGACGAGGCUAGGUACUUUUUCCAGCAGCUAAUUUCAGGAGUCAGCUAUUGUCAUACACUGCAAAUAUGUCACAGAGAUUUAAAGCUAGAGAAUACCCUUCUAGAUGGAAGCCCUGCUCCUCGUCUUAAAAUUUGCGACUUUGGUUACUCCAAGUCAUCUCUACUGCAUUCAAGACCUAAGUCUACUGUUGGCACUCCGGCAUAUAUUGCCCCAGAAGUUCUAUCGCGGAGGGAAUAUGAUGGAAAGUUGUCUGAUGUCUGGUCCUGUGGGGUGACUCUCUAUGUUAUGCUUGUUGGGGCAUACCCUUUUGAAGAUCAAGAAGACCCAAGAAAUUUCAGGAAAACAAUUCAACGCAUAAUGGCUAUUCAAUACAAGAUUCCAGAUUAUGUACACAUCUCCCAAGAUUGUAGGCAACUCCUUUCUCGGAUAUUUGUUGCCAAUCCAUUGCGGAGGACAACUAUCAAGGAAAUCAAGAGCCAUCCCUGGUUUUUGAAGAACCUACCAAGAGAGUUAACCGAAGCAACUCAGGCAACGUAUUAUAGAAGAGAAAACCCAACAUUUUCCCUCCAAAGCGUCGAAGAUAUCAUGAAAAUAGUGGAUGAAGCCAAAACUCCACCGCCAACCUCACGCUCAAUAGGAGCUUUUGGUUGGGGAGGCCGCGAUGAAGAUGAUGAGAAGGAAGAAGAUGCAGAAGAAGAGGAUGAAUAUGAAGAAGAAGAAGAUGACGACGAAGAGGAUGAGUAUGAUAAGAGGGUUAAGGAGGCUCACGCAAGUGGGGAUGUUCGUCCUACUCCAACCCCUACCCCUACCCGAGAGCUUUAAAUUUAAAUUUACUCGGGGAGUAUAAAAAAGUAAGUUAAUAAAUAGAAUUUUCCAUGUUCAUUAUGUGCUUAUUGAAGUAUUUGGUCAUAACAUAUAACAAAAGCUGUCUUCAUUUUGGUUUGGGCUUGAAUAAGAGUGUAAAUUUAUUUUAGAGUUUUGAUGUGGGACUGGGGAUGAAAGAUUAUGUUUUUUUU